GUUUUACGAAAAUACGACUUAUACUGAUAGUACUACAUACCCUAGUACUUUAAAUAAUGUUGAUUUGGAAUUGGCUAUUGACAUGGUUCCGGCAUAUUUGUUAAUACGUUCACAACCUAAUACAACUAAUGACGAAACGAUAUUCGACAAAAAGCAAGAGAAGAUAAACGAUCCUUUGGAAAAUACAAAGACAGGCAACAAAAAAACAAACAGAGAAAAGGCAGAAGCUAAAAAGUCUAAACCUAAAGAUAUUCCAGUAUAUUAUAAUAAAAGAGUUCCAGUUGAAGAAUAUAAAAAUCCAUUUGACUAUUUUGCAUUUGAGAAUAAUUUAUUAACUACAUAUGCAAUAAAGAAACAAUCGUUGUUGGAAAAAGAGAUGCAAAAUACAACAGCCAAUGACAUUAGAUCUACAUUCUUAUGGGAAUGUAGAAUUUGUUGCAAAGAACUUGACAGCAAGAACAGUUUAUUUGAUCACUACGAAAUACAUAAAGCAAUCGCAGAUCAGUUAGAUAAUCCAACUGAAGAUCAAAUAGAAAGUAUCGAAGAAGAAAAAAUUACUUGUGACCUUUGUCAAGCUACUUUUAGAAAUAAAAGAAAUUAUAUUUCUCACGUUAGACGAUCACACAAAUCCAAGGAAGAUUACUGCGAAAUAUGUAAGAAAAACUACGCAAAUGAAUACAGCCUAAGCAUCCACAAUGCGACGCACAGUUCUGAUCCGAAAACAUUCGUUUGUGUAGUUUGUAAGACAUUUAGUACUCAAAUUAGAGAUUCCUUAUUUUUUCAUAUUCAUUCAGAACACGUAAAAGAAGAAUUGUAUUGCAAAGAAUGUGAUAAACAUUUUUUCUCGAAAAGUUGGCUUGAAGGUCACAAACUCUUUCAUAAAAGUCAAGAUAAUGACACAGCAAAUCGCUGCAGUGUUUGCUUUCUUGAAUUUCCAACCUCUCGUCAAUUGCUCGUCCAUAUGCACGAAAACCAUGACGAUAAGUCUAUUAUGAAGAUAAAAAAAUAUAAAUGUACAGCGUGCAAUUUUACUUUUGCGUUUAAGAAAAACAUGGAUCAACAUAUGGAAAAUAUGCAUUCUAGCGAGAACGAGAAAAAGUCUUUCCUCUGCAGUGACUGUGGACGUUCGUAUUCUUCAAUAGGACCUUUAACACAGCAUAUGAAAAUACAUAGAGAAGCACAAUAUGUAUGUUCUUCAUGCGACAAAAAGUUUACAAAGAAAUCAUACUUGACAGCCCAUCUUCGAACUCACACUGGGGAAAAACCCCACAAAUGUCAUUUAUGCGAAAAAUCGUUCGCUCAAAGAUCACCCCUCACUGUUCACCUACGACGACAACAUACCGGGGAACGGCCUUACUCGUGCAAAAAAUGUGAAAAAGGGUUUGUUACGAAAACUAUUAAAGACUAUCACGAGAAAACAUGUUGGAAAUAA